UUCCCGCCAUCAUCGCGCAGUGUUGCGAGGCGUAGUGUGCGGGACCACUGUCAACAACAUAAUACUGGAGCAGGUGAAUGCCGGCAAAACCAACUUUCUACCCCCCGAGGACCUUAGAAAACGAUACUGUGAUUUAAAAGUUUUGAGACUAAGAUAUAUCAUCGCAAGGAUUUGUUGUAUCUCAAGUCCCAGGCUCCAAGUGUGCCAACUGGACAGUAAGCCAUGGCAACCAUAGUGCCCAAACUCUCCAGCAGUGCUGCUGUCAAGAUCCGCUUUAACAGCAUCGAUCUGGGUACCACUAGAUGGAAAGAGGGAACUUUUGAAAUCCUUGAGAAGGAUAACAAAAUCAACCUCUGUCUAAGAUUCAGCUGUGGUGGAGCUACUAAAACUUUCCAGCUCAACCAGAACGUGAAGCACAUUUCACAGAAUCUCAACCGAGUUAUGCUGACUCUUAAAGAUGCCAGUGUCAUCACCCUGGAUAAGAUGCCUAUCUCUCUGGCUCAGAAGACUAAAGAGUACCUGGAGAAACUGAAGCAUGGAAAGCCAAUUUUAAAAACGUCCCAUGGAAGUGCCAGCUUCAGUGUGCUUGGGAAUCGGUCUGUGAAAAACGAGACCAAUCCAUCUGGGGAGAGACAGACUCCUAACAUCUUCCAGACAACACCAAGGCGGCAGAGUGUGGAUGGCAGGGAGGACACAACACCACGGAAGCCCCUGGGCAGCCCCAGCAGAGCUGCCUCCACUCCCACUCGCACUGGACUCUCUGAGAACCGAGAGAAGAGGAAGAGACUCCUAAACUCUGAUAGUGACCUGACUGAAGACUAUCCUAAAGAAAAUGACUCCUCAAGCAACAACAAGGCCACAUCAGACCCAGCCAGGAAGUUCCUGCUAAGCUGCAAAGACAAACUGAAGCAGGCAGAGGAGAACCGAACUUCAGCACCACUGGGUUCAACUCCUCUUCAGCCAACUUCGUUCUAUGGCAGUCGAUCUGUGACUAAAGAUUACAGCCAGAGCCACUCUUUCUUGGAUAGGCCGUCUAGUACAACACAGACCCCCACAGCCAAGAGAAGUCUCAUGCUGCCCAACCACUCCACCCCCUUUAAGAAGGUGCGCCCCUCGUUGGACUAUGGUGGUUGGAACAAGCAACGGCCGUCCACCUUGGCCCAGUCCCAGCCCCCACUGCAAGGAUUCUCCAACCUGGGCAACACAUGCUACAUGAACGCCAUCCUUCAGUCUCUCUUCAGCCUGCCUUCCUUCUCCAAUGACAUGUUAAGACAAAGCAUCCCAUGGAAGAAGGUGCCCAUCAACGCACUGCUCAGGCGUUUUGCCCACCUCAUGAUCAAGAAGGAUGUGGGAUGUCCAGAGACAAAAAAGGACCUCCUAAGGAAGGUGAAGAAUGCCAUCUCAUCCACAGCUGAACGCUUUUCUGGAUACAUGCAAAAUGAUGCCCAUGAGUUCCUUAGCCAGUGUUUGGACCAGCUCAAGGAAGAUGUGGAGAAGAUGAAUAAGAGCUGGAGGAAUGAAGCAGCAGCCUCUGCAUCGUCCUCUGCUGUAUGUGAUGAUGGCCAGCAGGGGACAUCACCCACAGCCAAGACUGAGCCUGGUGAAGAGGUGGAUACCUCCCGCGUCUACACCUGCCCCGUGGUUGUCAACAUGGAAUUUGAGGUGCAACACACCAUCACUUGCAAAGGCUGUGGGGAGGUGGUGACCAAGCGGGAGCAGUUCAACGAUUUGUCCAUUGACCUGCCUCGCAGAAAGAAGACCCUACCCCUUCGUUCAAUCCAGGAUUCUCUCGAUCUCUUUUUCAGGAUGGAAGAAAUUGAGUAUUCGUGUGAGAAAUGCAAUGGAAAAGCAGCAACUGUGACGCAUAAAUUCAGCAAACUGCCCAGAGUGCUCAUCCUACACCUGAAGCGGUACAGCUUUAACGCCCAGCUGUCUCUGAAUAGCAAGCUGGGCCAACAGGUGGUGAUUCCCCGCUACCUGACCCUGUUGUCGCACUGUACCGAAGCCACACGACCCCCUCUCAGCCUUGGCUGGAGUGCCCAAGCCGCCAUGUCUCGAACACUCAAGACCUCGCAGUCUGUCAAUUCCUCCACUGCACCUCUCCGGAGGGCUGGUGGAAAGAUUGCCAAUUCUAGCUGCAGCUCCAUCCUUGUGGACUCUGACAGUGAGGAGGAGCAGAACAGAAAGGUUAGCGGGAGCCGCAAGCGACGCCUUAGUGAUUGUCUGCCUGAUGAUGACGAACGACCAGAAGAGCGGGGAGCAACGAUGGAGGCAGCAGACUUCAGUGGUAUAAACGACGACGAAAUGCUGGCAGCUGUGCUCGAGAUGAGCCGUCAAGAGGCUGGACUCUCAGCUCCGCCUUCCCUGGGGGACGAGCCAAACAGCAGCCCUGACACAGGCUUUGGGGAUGCUGAUGCCCAUGACCUGGCCUAUCAUACAGAUCUACUUGAUGCAGACACCAAACAGCCUGCAGAUGUGUUGGAUUCCCUGGACCUGACCAUGGAUGAGAACAAGGAGAACCAGACCCCAGAGGGCGUGCAGCCACAGGCGGAGCUGGACUGGGUCCAACAGUACAGUCUGGACCAGGAGAGGGAGGAGCAGGAGCUGCAGCAGGCUCUGGCCCAGAGCCUCCAGGAGCAUGAGGCCCAAGAAAUGAGAGAGGACGAUGAUCUGAAGAGAGCCACUGAGCUCAGCUUGCAAGAGUUCAACAACUCUCUACCGGAGCUGCUGUGCUCAGACGAGGACUCCGGCAACGAAGACGUACUGGACAUGGAGUACAGUGAAGCUGAGGCUGAGGACCUUAAGAGGAAUGCUGAGAGUGGAGACCUGGCCAACUCUUUCAGGCUCAUCAGUGUGGUCAGCCAUAUUGGGAGCAGCUCUUCCUCUGGUCAUUACAUCAGUGAUGUGUAUGACAUGAAGAAGCAGUCAUGGCUUACCUACAACGACCUAGACGUGUCACGCACACAGGAAGCUGCCGUCCAGCGAGACCGAGACCGCAGUGGAUACAUUUUCUUCUACAUGCAUAAGGAUGUGUUUGAGGAGUUGUCUGAAAUGGAGAGGACUGGAGCCAGCGGCACUUCAGAGGCAGGAAGGAGUGUCCUGCAGCCCCUCUGAGUGCUACACCGUUGUACACAUCCAUACCCUUAUAGGUGGAGCUCUCCUAUGAGCAAACUCGAAUACUACUGAUUGCCGUCCAUUUUGGUCGUCUUCAGGCACCUCCCUUCUACAGAUCACUAAAGCCAGGAUUAAUUAGUACCUGUACACAAGCAGAAAACUGUCAAGACUCUUAAGAUACCAGAAAUGCAUUUAAAAAUAACCUUUGUUCUAAGGAUCAAAUUUUGCCUUGAUGUUUUGGGGGCUGGAUUUUUUUUCUUCAUGAUUUUAUUGAACAACUCUUUUGUAAAAAUUUCUUUUUUGUUGUUGGCACACUUCUCUCUGAACUUUAAUGCCAUUCAUUCAGACCUUCACUUUAAAGCAACUAUAACACCAGAUAUUGGUGGUGCUCCUUGGAUUGUAUGGUUUGCAAACCUUGAUUUCCCAUAUAAACUAUUAAAUAAAGAUAUAUUCUAUGUUGGAGUAUAAGCUAUCAUAGAGUUAGAGCAUUGUUGUAUUCAGCAGGUACAUUUGGUGCAAUAUUUAUGUUCUGGCACAACCAGCCAAUUCUGUCACAGCUUGAGUGCGAAUAUUUUCCAGUUGCUUUUUGUGCUUAACUCAUGGUGUGUGUGUGUGUGUGUGUGUGCGUGUGUGGGGCUGUCUCCAUGUUUUAUAAAUCAAAAAAAUCUAACAAGCUCAGUAGUAAUAACAUGGCUUGUCUAUUCUUAGGUCUCUUCAAGGGGGUUUCCCCUAGUACCUCCCUGGAAAACCUUAUAAAUAUGUAUACAGAGCUUUACUUUGAAAGUUGCACAACCACUUUGUUAAGAAUGUGUAUAUGUCAAACCUCACAAAAUGCUGAUUUCAAUGUGUGAAUCAGUUCCGUUUUCCUCUUCAAAAGCUAACUGGUUUUACUAUGAAUUGCUACAUAGAGUUUUAAGUUAAUGUGGCUGAUCAGUUGGGAUAAGAUGAAAACUUCAGCCCCUUGUUGAAGUUGAACUAAGUAAAUGUUCACUGUCCAGGAACUUAACCUGGACUAUGGCGAUGAAAAAUGUGAACCACUGAACCACCAGGGAAGCGAAUAACAUAGUACAGUGUCUUUUUCCACCCUACUGUAUGGCCAGUAAACAGUACUUCUCCCCUCAGGCAUCCUUUGCCAACCCUGUUCAGUUAGUUGUUGGGUCCUCAGUUACAGAAUAUGAUGUGAUGUAUCCUUUGUGCCAUAAUCCAGGGUGAGCCUUCCUUUAGAGUCUAACAGAAUGAGUACCAUAGAUACACCAGGCUAUAGAGUGAGGAGCAUAUUGCAGUAAAGCUGGGUAUUUGGAUUUUUUUCUUUCUUUUCCAUUUCUGUAUUGGUUCCAGUACAUCAGACUCAAAUGUUUUAAAGCCACACUCUUUUUGAUACCAUUGUUAAAUGAAAUCACAUUUCUGUGUCAGUUUAUUUUGUGUGACAUCUGUUAUCUGCUUUACAAAAUCAGACAACAUUAAAUUAAUUUCCUCAUAUGCAAACAAAACAGAGGAAUAAUUAUGUUUUCAUAUGUUUAUAACUUAAAGCACUGAUGCCAAUAAUCAGUAUGGAUGAAAUUACAUUUUGACAGCCAGUCAUAUUUGGCUUGGCUUUCAGGAAGUGUGCACCACUACCAGCUUCUGUGUUGGCAGUAUUUUAUAGCACCAUAGUCAACAUGUACCCAGUUCUGAUGUCAAGCAAAAGUUGCUCCAUUGAUUGGUCUGCUUGUUUUAUAUAAGCCUUGGAUUUAACGUUCUGAAACAAUGCACCUUCCCAAAGUCUCAAAUGCAGUGUGAACAGGACAUUUGUGAAAUAAGAAUGAAUAGUUUUUUUUUUCUACCCGUUCUUAAGGUAUUUGACACUUCCUAAAGCAGAUUUUAAUAAAAUAUUACAGUGAAUUUGCAGAGUUUUAAUUUAACGCUUAAAACAUGUACAAUUCAACACAUGGAUCAAGUGUUUCAGAGGGAUUGUUUGCAAAAACAAAACUACUGUUUGUGUAGUGCCAAUUA